CGUUAAGUCCAAACGUCGCGACGAUAUUCAAGCGAACACAAUGCGCUCAUGUGCGAAACUACUUUUGUUAUUAACGAUCUGUGCUAGUGGAGUGUCUACACUAAAUAUACUAGGAGUGUUUCCAUUCGAAGGAAAGACCCAUUUUUUCGUGUUUGAAAGUUAUUUGCGAGAACUCGCAAAGAGAGGACACAAUGUAACGGUUAUAUCACAUUUUCCACAAAAAAGUCCCUUAGAAAAUUACAACGAUAUCAGCCUGGCGGGAACGACGAGUUUAUUAGAAAAUGUGUUUCCGAUAGAAAGAUCUUAUGCAACCGUUAUUGCAAUCGGUUUCUUUUUGGUGAAUACCGGUACAGCAAACUGUAGAGUACUAUUAUCCCACAAGGGAGUGCAAAAUUUGUGGAAAACAAAGACAAAAUUUGACGUAGUUGUAGCCGAGCAGUUUAAUAGUGAUUGUUCUCUUGGUCUCGCUUAUAAAUUAGGUGCCCCUGUGGUUGGUAUAAAUACUCAUCUUCUUCUACCAUGGCACUAUGAAAGGUUCGGUAUACAAUACAAUCCAUCAUACGUGUCAUUUUUGUUAUUAGAGGGAGGAACUAAACCAAAUAUUUACCAACGUCUGGAAAGAACGAUUUUGUAUACAUACUUUAACACGUUAUAUAAAGUAAUGUGCCAAAGGAUUGAUCAGAACACACUGGCCGAAUAUUUCGAUGAUGUUCCGCCAUUGAAUGAAAUUGCUAGGGAAAUUAAGUUUAUGCUCACUUACACGCACUUUACAUUGUUUGGGUCUAGUUUGCUACCAUCAAAUGUGAUUGAAGUGAACGGGUAUCAUGUAGCCGAGCCACGAGAACUCCCUGACGAUAUAAGAAAGUUCAUAGAAGAAUCACAGCAUGGUGUAAUUUAUAUUAGUUUUGGAUCGAUGUUAAAAGCAGCGUCAUUGCCAGCGGAUAAACUGAACGCCAUCAUUGAAGCUGUGGCGGAAAUUCCACAAAGAGUUCUUUGGAAAUGGGAUCAAAAAACAUUACCUGGCAAUCCAAAAAAUAUCUUUAUCUCAAAGUGGCUACCACAAAAUGAUAUACUUGCUCAUCCGAAUGUGUUGGCGUUCUUUUCGCACUGUGGUCUCCUAAGCACGACUGAAUCUAUUCAUCAUGGUGUCCCAAUGCUAGCCAUGCCUGUGUUCGGAGACCAGCCAGGGAACGCCGCGGCUGUUGAGGAAAGUGGUCUCGGUUUACAAAUUAGAAUCGCGGAGUUGACAAAAGAGAUUAUUGUCAAGAAACUCAAAACAAUUUUAGAUCCUAAAUUCAGAGAACAAGUCAAACAUCUCUCUCGUGCAUAUCGAAACCGGAACGUGUCGCCUAUGGAUAGCGCCAUCUUUUGGACGGAGUACGCAGCACAGCACAAAAACUUUACAUACAGAUCGCGAUCAGCCGACGUUCCGUUUUACCAAUAUUUGUAUUUAGAUGUGUUAGUGAUUUUACUGAGUUUUGUUUUCGUAGUUUUGAUAAUUUUGAAAACGGUUCUUUUCGCAGUUAUGAAAUGUAUACAAAAAAGUAACAAAAAUAAAAAAGAAUGAUGCAACGGGAUAAAAGAAAAUAUACUUACCUAUAUUGGAAAAAAAAACUUUCUUGAAUAUUAUUGUAUAAUAAGUAAUGAUCGUCCAGUGGUCGUAACUCGAAAUUGCACCGUUGAAUUUAAUAUAUUCGUCAGCUUUAUUAUAUAUACAUCUAAUUUUCUACACUCCACUAUAGCGAACGUGCACGAAUUAUAAGUGGCAGCAGAAAACCGACAUAUGUAAAUGCCAUAAUGUAGGUAAAUAGAAAUUUUCCGAACCUAUUAUAGUUUGUUAAAUAUUUUUGUAAUAUGACAAUCAUUAUAAAAUAUGGUUUCUGGCCAUCUUCAGGCUGAUUAUUAUGUAAAGGUAGAGCGGCCAGAAUAUGUUUUAUUUUAGAUGGGACCCAGUUAUUUCAAUGUUAUUGAAACAAACACGUUAUGGAGUUAUGUUCACUUAUGUACUUACACAUUUGUAUGUAUUGAAUAUUAAACUACAAAGGUUAUUUAUUUUUUGCAAAUUACAUUGUUAUUUCAAAAUUCUCCUGGAACUCGUGAUCAUGUAUGAUUUUUAUUAAAUUUAUAAAUUUUUGCCGCUUUUUAAAUUGGAUGAGGGGAUUGUAUACAUUGCAUUUAUUGCGUAUCUGUUACAGAAAUAUAUCUUUGGAGAAUUUGACAGGCGACACUAGAUAUGUGACUUCCUGUUUUUUAUCAUACGGAAAAUUUACAAAAAUGUAUUAGUAAAACAAAAAGUCACUAUAAUUGACGCUUUUAUAAAUGACAGCUGCAGAAGUGCAAAUCAAUACGUAAACCUGAUGCUAGUUUUGAAUGACUUAGCUUUCUCUUGGUGUAGUAAUGAAAUAUUAAAAUUGUAAUUGCAGUGUUUAUUGAUUACAAACAAACAAAUCUCUUCUCUAUAAUAUAAUUGAAUGGGUUACGUAAAUUUCUAUUUAGGUAAUACAUGUUUUUGUUAUUAAAUAAUUAUUUUCGCAUUAUUUAAUGUAAAUAAGUUUAAUAAAUCAAUAAAAUUAAGUUAAAUUUGCAUUUUUA